CACGGCUAUUCUGCACUGUCUUAGAUUUAUUGCUCUCGCGCGAGUCGGUGCGCCAUGUCUCUUCCACUGCAGCUUAAAGCUUUUAUUUCAUUUUUAUGUUGCAUCACACGAGAACCACAAUCUUCGCGCCGCGAUACUUUCAAUCAUAGCUAUGUGAGCUUCCACGAUCUGAUUGAGGCGGAAUGUCUUGACCGGAACAUUCAACGAGCCGUCCGCCACUCGUUCCGCAAUCUCAUUUAAUGGAGUUUCCGUAAACUUUUGUGGUGAGCUAGAGUACG